UAUGGAAAAUUCUCACCGCCAAGAUACAAUCGCUCAGCAGACAACUUUAGAAAAUGCUUUUCGAAUGAAGAUAAAGAAUGAAAGAUCAAUGGCUCAAAUGAGAAGUGAAAUUUUUAAACUUAAAAAGCAAAUACAGCGUGAGAGAAUCCACAAUUAUUUAAACAAAUUCGAAUGGACGAAAAUCAAAGAUGAGCUAUGCGAAUUGAGAGCAAAAGAUAAGUUCUUAAAAGCAACAAUGAAUGAUACUAAUAAGGUAAAAGUUACAAUGAGAGCAAGAAAUUUUAAGCUGACUCAAGAGAGUGAUGAAAUCCGUCAAGAUAUUGAAAAGAUAGAGAAAGAAGGAAUAGAUAUAUCGGACUUGAAGCAAAUAUAUGGAUUUCAUAAUUUCGAUUAUGCGGAUCAAGCCAAGAGAAAGGUAGAAUCAAUUGUAGGUUUUUAG